GUUUUGUUCUCCUGCAGGGCGAUGGUCACUGGCAGGCCCUCAAUCAGCAGAUUUGAUCUGAAACAAGGAAUUGAUGUGGUCGAAAACCUCUCUCAGGGGGUUCUCGCGCUCCGGAGAAUGACACCUGGAUGUCUUGAUUGGAACCCCUGGUGAUGACGCAAUGCUACGGCCACAUUUCGUCCCGUGGGUUAGUAUCACGUGACCAAGAUUCGCUUAAUCUCAUUGCACCGUUGCCUCCACCCCAUUCAACACAGUCCAAGAUGUGUCAAUUGUUUGCUACGACUCCUUCCCCCCUCCCCUGGACCAACUGGCAGUAGUACCCGUCAAUCUAUGGGUAUUGCUGCAUUUACAGUCCAGUUGGCCAUACACGAUCCCUGCUGACUGAUAAAGCGAAUGUUAAAUAUUAUGCAUAACUUUGGGGGGGAUUGCCUGAGUCAUUUAUCGUCUUUAGGAUUUAAUAUGGGAGAAGUAAAACCCGUGGUUUACCGAUCCCUCCAUCCUUGUCUACCCAUUGUUGAUGAGCACAUAUGGACUGAUAGAUUCCAACUCAGGAUGGUUCCCAAUUCGUACAGUAAAAGCUGCCUGAGCGGAGAUGAUUCAGGCAGCCAUUUUCCUCUCAAUUCAGCCUCGUGGCAGGCUCACACUUCGUA